AUGGAGGCAACAAGGGAGGUUGAAGAGGGUUUGUUAGAUAAGAUUCAACCACCACGCUUGGAGGAUGCCGUCCUCGAAGACUCUGUGCUUCCACCUGAAUCCAUCCGCGAAGCAUUCCUCAAACUUGCCUUUGAAGUGGGCUCACACGCUGCCUCAAUUUCAUCUACAGAUGAUGAUUUGUGGCCAAAUGGUGGCGAAUCGUUCGAUAUGGUGGUAGCGAUCAAGGAAUGUGUAGCUGAGAAGGGCGGCGGUGAUACGGAAAAGAAGGCGGAAGUUGCGGAGAUAAGAGAGGAGGAGGGUUGUGUUGAAGGAUUGAAGAUUGGAGAAGACAAAGAUAAGACGGAAAAUGAUGAAGAGAAAAAAGGUUAA